AUGUCGUUUUCUCGGCAUUGGUUUGCGAUGUGUGUUUUGGUCCUGAGUAUUGUUGGCGGUUCAUGGACGCUUGAUGACGGCAGAGCGAACGAGCUUGACGAGGAUCCACAAAUGAUUCGAUUAAAGAGCUAUCUCGAAAGAAACGGCUACAUGACGCAGUCCGUUUUGGGAACACCUGAAGAUUACGACGCCCAGCAGAACCUGGCCGAAGCAAUUGCAGACCUGCAGAACAUGCUUGGGCUGGACCCUACUGGCGAGGUUGAUGAGAUGUUGAUGGCGGCCAUUGAUAUGCCUCGAUGUGGAAUGCCAGACAACGUCCCGGAAGACUACCGCGUCUCUUCAGUCAAGUACGGAUCACCAGAGCUUACGUACCGUAUCGACAGCUUCACUCCAGACAUGGCACAAGAAGAUGUACGGAUGAUUCUAAGGAGUGCUUUACAGGUAUGGUCUGACGUCUCCCAGCUUACCUUCACCGAGGUAUUCGGCCUGGCACGGGCAGAUAUAGCCAUCUCAUUCGCGGCAGGACAACACGGGGACGUGGCCAGUUUUGACGGCCCAGGCGGCGUUCUGGCGCACGCCUUCUUGCCACGGAACAGCAACACACACUUUGACGAGGAUGAAAGAUGGACCAUGGGAACACCUGCAGGAAUAAACUUGUUUCAGGUCGCUGCUCACGAGUUCGGCCACGCCCUUGGACUGUACCAUUCGACUGACCUCUCAGCACUCAUGUAUCCUUACUACCGCGGGUACCAGGCUAAUUUUCAACUCGGUGAAGAUGACAUUGAAGGGAUCCAGAGUCUUUAUGGAGCGAAACAGACACCUGGUGGUGGUGGCAACGGCGGCGGGGACGGUGGAAAUGGUGUGACAACACAAGGCACACUAACGACCCAAGGCGCACUAACAACAUCAGGAGCAGUGACUUCACAAGCAGCAGUUACAACAAAAGCCGCAAUGACGACCCAGGGAGCUGUGACGACCCAAACUCCGCAGACUCCGACCAGCCAACCGCCACCUCCAUCCGGAGCCUGCCGUAGAAACGGUACUUUUGACGCCGUGGUCAACACGAAAGAUGGCCGCACGUUCGGUUUUAUCGGUGCAUUCGUCUGGCGUUUAGACGUCUACCCACGAACUUACUCAAGAAUCAGAGCCACCUGGCCAAGUCUGCCCAACAACAUCAAAUCUGCGAUCACGGAGGGAAACACUACUUAUAUUAUAAAGGGAUGCUAUGCCUGGCAGUACGAGGAUCAAGUCUACAUGGGUCGAGUUCACGUCAGAUCCAAGUGGCCAGCACUCCCUUGCAAUGUCAAUGCCGGUUACGUCUCACUAGACAGCUACACUUACUUCUACAAAGGUCAAUUUGUUUACCGUUACCGAGACAACAGCUUCAUGUUCCGGCGAAGAAUCCGCUCGCUGAACUACGGGGGUCUGCCAAGCCGCAACUUUCGGGUGACUGCCAUCAACCCCAACCUCAACGAAGACGGACAGGUCGUCAGUGCUUUCGUCUUCUCGGGGAAUAUCUACUACCUCUUCGACGAUGCCGAGAAGCGGUUCGUUUAUCCCGAUGACUACCCAAGACAUGUGGCGAAUUACAUUCUGCCCGCGUGCGGUAAUUUAUGAUGAUUGUAGACAUUUUAAUUGAUUUGUAAAGUUUGGAUUUGCAAAUUGUUUGCCAGUUUAGAUUUUAAGUUAAUGAUAAGUGCGGUUUUUUACUAACUGCAGCUGUGGAGGCAAAUGUUAAGGCUGGACCUAUAGGUUGUCUAAAACUCAUGAAAAUGCAAACAAUUAUUUCUAAUUUUGUAAUUGUAAAUGUCUUUCUCCUUUUUAAGUUAAUUAAGGCAUUACCUCCGAGACGUGAAAAUAAUUUCCAAUAGGCGGCAAAUGACGCAUUAUUUGGUGCCAUGGUAGCAAGGCAGGUCCUUGAGUUUUAACUGUAUACAUGUACAUCUAAUCGCAGUGAAUUAUUUUGUAUUUCAUGUCCAUUGUAAUGGACUCAUUUCAAAUUUGAAGAAUCAUUUCAAGUUUUCCCGUUUACAAACAAAGCGAGAUACAUGUAGAUUAUAGACUUGCGUCUUCUGGUAAUUUGGUUUUAA